CAGCCAGUAUGACCGGCUGUUGUAACAAACCGCACCAUUAGCAGCCUGCUUUAUCCCGCACUGCGAUGCAGCAGGACGAUACAAACCACCUUUCUUCAUCUAGGUACAUCGCUUGUGACAAAGCUCAGCUGAGCCAAAUGGGCAUUUCUCACAUUGUGAAUGCCGCUGCCGGGCGAUUUCGCAUCGACACCAGGCCCAAGUUCUACAAAGACCUGCCUGUCGAUUACCAUGGAAUAGAAGCAGAGGACAACCCCAACUUUGAUCUCAGCAUUUACUUCUACCCAGUUGCUCGGUACAUAAGAGCGGCACUGAACUCCCCAAGAGGCAAAGUACUAGUUCACUGCGCAAUGGGAAUCAGUCGAUCCGCAACUCUUGUCCUCACCUUCUUAAUGAUCUGCGAGAACAUGUCCCUCACCGACGCAAUUCAGGCUGUGCGCUCACACAGAGGGAUCUGCCCCAACUCCGGCUUCCUCGAGCAGCUUCGGGAGCUGGACCUCCAGCUAGAGAGGGACAAACACAGAGGAACAGAGCCCUCAGGGCCUGUCUCCUGCCACCAGACCCAGAGACACUGCCCAAGCUGA